UGUAUAAAUUAAAGUAUUAAAAUGAACAACAAAACUACAGUAUUAUAUUUAGUACUUAAUAUAUUUUUUUCAAUAAUAAUUGUACUGUUAAAUAAAUGGCUGUAUUACAAUAUUGGUUUUCCAAACAUAACUCUAUCAAUGAUACAUUUUAUAGUAACGUUUAUUGGAUUGAUAAUAUGUGAAAAAUUAGAUGUAUUUUGUAUAAAAGAUGUCGCGAUUAAAGAAAUGUUAUUUAUUGCAAUGACAUUUUGUGGUUUUGUUGUAUUGACAAAUUUAAGUUUAGCGCACAAUACAGUUGGAACUUAUCAGAUAGCUAAAAUGUUGACAACACCAUGUGUUAUUAUCAUACAAAUGUCAUUUUAUAAUAAACACUUCAGUAUUCCUGUUAAAUUAACACUGAUUCCAAUUGUAUUCGGAGUUAUUAUUAAUUUUUAUUAUGACAUAAAAUUCAAUAUUUUAGGAACUAUUUAUGCGGCUCUUGGAGUACUUGUUACAUCUCUAUAUCAAGUGUGGAUUAAUCAAAAACAAAAAGAAUUACAAAUGGAUCCUAUGCAACUUUUAUAUUAUCAAGCACCUCUAUCAGCUAUAAUGCUUUUAUUUAUUGUACCAAUUGUUGAGCCUAUUGGAAAUACUUUAAGUCACAGUUGGUCUUUUUUUGAUAUCAUGAUGGUAUUUUUUUCUAGUAUAGUUGCAUUUUUUGUUAAUCUUACGUCUUAUUGGAUUAUUGGGAAGACAUCACCAUUAACAUACAACAUGGUUGGUCAUUGUAAAUUUUGUUUAUUAUUGUUGGGUGGUUCUAUUUUAUUUAAAGAGUCUUUGGCGCUAAAUCAAGCUAUCGGAAUAACAUUGACGUUAGGAGGAAUUAUUUCUUAUACUCAUGUGAAGAUGAAAGACAAUCAAUCAAUAGCAGAGUCACAAAUUGAAGAAGGGAAACCUUUUGUACAUAAAAUAUAAUCAAAAUUAAUUUAGUAUUCAGGUGGUAUUCUCAUUCAAUUGUCAGGACAGUCAAUGAAUUUUACGAUUUUGGUUUUUUUAAUUAUCAUGAAUUUAACAGACAGUUAACAAUUUUCAGUUUUUUUCAACAUAUCAAUGACAAAAAUUAUAAAAUAUAAAAUAUAAAAAUAUGCACAUGUAGAAAAUUAAAAAAACCAUAGGUGCAAUUUUUUCAAAUAUUUUUUUUUUUAUAAUUUAUCGUUUUAAAAAAAAAUCCAAAAACUAUUAGACGUCGGCUAACUUCAGUAUCAUUAACAUAUGAUCCUGAAAUUAACAGACAAUUAACAAUUUUUGGAUUUUUUUUUUUAACAAAUCAAUGACGAAAAAAUAAACUGAAAAUAUGCACAUGUAGAAAAUUCAAAAAACCACAAGUGCAAUUUUUUCAAAUAUUUUUUUUUUAUAAUUUAUCGUUUUAAAAAAAAAUCCAAAAACUAUUAGACGUCCGCUAACUUCAGUAUCAUUUUUUUUUUAAUUAAAAGAACGAUAGUAAAAAUUCUCAUUCUUUAAACCCAUAUAUUUAUUAUACUUUUUUUUUUAAAUAUUUUUCGCGCCGUUUCAUAAAAACACUGCCUUGAAAAUCGUAAAUGAAAAUUCAAAGACACGCGAUAAAAUCUUGACUGAUUUUUAAAAAUAUCAUCGAUUAUUACAAGUCUAUAUCAAAAUAUAAAUAUAUAUAUAUAAUACUUAUAUGUUAUUUGUUUAAUCGUUAGUCAAUAUUUCUCAUUCCAGCCGGAUAAGAUCUUAUUGUAACAACUGUAAAUAUCCAACAUUUUGUUUGCACAAAAAUGUAAUAAAUUUUUUUUUAAUUGUACAAAACUUUU